UCCCGGCGUUUGAGUGUGUGUGGCGGUGAUAGUGCGUAUAGGCCGCAUGUGAUAUGAACUACAGUGUGCUCGCGUGCAUUGUCAGCUGUAAUCAGUUACAUCUUUGAUUCAGAAUUAUCAUCAUUUCUUUCUUUGUCAAAACAAUAAUCUAAAAAUGCCAAAAAAAUCAAAGGAAGUGGCUGAAUGGGAAGGCGAUGACGUAUCACACACGGACAAACAUGUCAAGAAAGGAAAGAAAGAUAAGAAAGGGAAGAAGAGUUUUUUUGAAGAACUGACAUCAGAUAAUAUACCAGCUAAAGAGGAGCCACUAAAAGAGACGCAGGGGAAACAGCCUCAGAAGAAAAAGAAAGACAGGCGGAAAGGCAAGAAAGGAGAUGAUGAGGAUGAAGAUGAAGAGGUCAUGCAGCGUCUGAAGAAACUUUCAGUGCAGCCUAGUGAUGAAGACGAAGAGGAAGAAGAGGUUGUUGCUCCAGUCAAAGGAGGAAAGAGAAACAAAGGUGGGAACAUUUUUGCUGCUUUAGGUCAGAGUGAGGAUGAUGAAGAUGAAGCAGGUGGGGAUGAUGACGACGAUGAUGAUGAUAAACCCAAGAACAAGAAGGGCUCUAAAGAAGUUGAGAAGGUAACCAAGGGCAAGAAAAAAGAUAAGCCAAAACCUAAGGUGUUGAAGGAGGCCUCUGAGGAUGAACAGGAUGAAGAAAUGGAGAAAAAAGAUGAGAAUGAAAAGAAGGGAGUAAAAAAGGGCAAGCAAACUGCUUCUGAACCAAAUAAGGUGAAGGAGGAAGUCGAAGCUGAGAAGAAAGAACAAGAGAAAUCUCAGAAGAAAGGCAAGAAAGAACAGCCAAAGAAAGGAAAGCCUGCUCGCCCUCCUAGUGAAGAUGAGGAAGAAGAGGAGAAGAGUGAUGAUAAUGAUACCAUGAUGUGUGCAGAGGAUGCGAUCGCAUCUGAGCAGUCCAAUGAAAAACAAGAGGAGGACCCUUUCGCUAACUUAAGUAAAAAAGAGAAGAAGAAGAAAAAGAAAAUGAUGGAGUAUGAGCGUCAGGUGGCCAGCGUACGUGCUCAGAACGCUAUCGAGGGAGAUUUCUCUGUCUCACAGGCCGAGCUGUCCUCACGACAGGCCAUGCUGGAAAAUGCUUCUGAUAUCAAGUUGGAAAGAUUUAGCAUUUCAGCCCAUGGUAAAGAGCUGUUCGUCAAUGCAGACCUUCUGAUUGUUGCUGGGAGACGGUAUGGUCUGGUUGGACCCAAUGGAAAAGGAAAGACCACUCUACUUAAACACAUCGCCAACAGAGCUCUAAGUAUUCCUCCCAACAUUGAUGUUCUGCUCUGUGAGCAAGAGGUGGUGGCGGGCGACACUCCAGCGGUCCAGGCGGUCUUGAAGGCCGACACACGGAGACUGAAGCUCCUGGAAGAGGAGAGACAGCUGCAAAAUCUCUUGGAGAAAGGAGACGACAGCGUAUCUGAGAGACUCGAUAAGGUCUACGAGGAGUUAAGGAUAAUCGGAGCUGCUGCAGCAGAAGCCAAAGCACGUAGGAUCUUGGCCGGUUUGUCUUUCACUCCAGAGAUGCAAAACAGACCCACCAAGAAGUUCUCUGGAGGAUGGAGGAUGAGAGUGUCCUUGGCCAGAGCACUGUUCAUGGAGCCCACGCUACUGAUGCUGGACGAGCCCACAAACCACCUGGACCUGAACGCUGUCAUCUGGCUUAACAAUUACCUACAGAGUUGGAAGAAGACGCUGCUAAUCGUGUCCCACGACCAGAGUUUCUUAGAUGAGGUCUGUACAGAUAUCACUCACCUGGACAAUCAGAAACUCUAUUACUACAGGGGCAACUACCUGACGUUUAAGAAGAUGUACGUACAGAAACAGAAAGAACUCCUCAAGCUCUACGAGAAACAAGAAAAGAAACUGAAAGACCUGAAAGCUGGAGGAAAGUCCACCAAACAAGCCGAGAAACAGACGAAAGACGCUCUGACGAGGAAACAGCAGAAGGGCAAGAAGAAGGGUCAAGAGGAGGAGAGCAAUGAGGCCCCAGAGCUCAUCAAGAGGCCGAGAGAAUAUACUGUCAAAUUUACCUUCCCCAACCCUCCACCACUCUCACCGCCAAUUCUCGGACUGUACAGUGUUGACUUUGGUUAUGAAGGCCAGAAGCCCCUGUUCAAGAAUGUGGACUUCGGUAUUGACAUGGAGUCUAGAAUAUGUAUAGUUGGACCAAAUGGUGUUGGAAAGAGUACACUCCUUUUACUGCUGACUGGGAAAUUAAAUCCUACAAAAGGCGAGAUGAGAAAGAACCACAGAUUGAAAGUAGGUUUCUUCAACCAGCAGUACGCUGAUCAGUUGAACAUGGAGGAGGCUCCCACAGAAUACCUCCAGAGGAACUUUAACCUUCCGUACCAGGAUUCCAGGAAAUGUCUGGGUCGCUUUGGUUUAGAGAGCCAUGCACACACCAUCGAGAUUUCUAAACUGUCUGGUGGCCAGAAAGCAAGAGUGGUCUUUGCUGAACUUUCUUGUAGGCAACCUGAUGUCCUCAUCCUGGACGAGCCCACCAAUAACUUGGACAUUGAGUCAAUUGACGCAUUGUCCGAAGCCAUCAAUGAAUACAAAGGGGCUGUGAUAAUUGUGAGCCACGAUGCCAGGCUGAUCACUGAGACCCAGUGCCAGUUGUGGGUGGUGGAGAACCAGUCGAUCAACCAUAUCGAUGGAGACUUUGAUGACUACAAGAGAGAAGUGUUGGAGGCCCUUGGUGAAACGCUCGUCCACAAGGCUAAAGACUGAACGACGGCUGGUAUUAAUAACAAGAAUGUCAAACUGCAUCACUGGAGGGCUCGGUGAACCUCUCUUCCUUGCUCAAUCAACAGACACAAAAUAUAGUUGUUUUUUAAAAGUUGAAAGACCAUGCCAAGUACACGCGUUAGAACUGGCGGGUGGUUUGUGGAAACCGUUGAGAGCAGUGUUAAUGUAGGAUGGGUUUUUUCAUGCCUUGACCGAUUCCAUAUCAAUAUUUUUAUUAGAUGCAGCACUCGUUCUUUAGUCGUAAUGUCUGACAUUCUUGUAUUAUUAUUAUAUUCAGGCCAUUUUAUUUGUGAUGCAAUGCUCGAAAACUUAACUUGCCACAAUGGGACUAAUCCAAUUUAACCAGAGAAAGUUAGACGUAUGCAGUGUUUAGCGCUAAAGUGGGGUUAUAUUGCGAGACUGAUGAAACAUACAUGUAGUAUUGAACUGCCUUGUAUAAUUAGCAGUUUGUCUCAAAAUAUAAAACUAUAGAAUUAAUGUGUGAUGAAUUACGCUACUAUUUUGAAUCAGUUAACAAAUAAAAUGUCAGAUGGAAGAGUUGUGUUUAAAGGCACAUUCUCACUGACAAGCUCUGGUUGAAUGAAGUAUGCAUCCAGUUGUUGUCAUGUAAAACCAAAUAAAUGAUUUUUGCAACAAUG